UUCUCCGUUUCCUUUUGUGAUUGAGAGUUCUCUUUUGGAGGGCGACGCACGGAGGGCAUAAGUUCCCCGCCACCACCACCAACGGCUGAUCAUCAUCUUCCGAUUCACUUCCGUCCACAACCUCUUCUCACUUUAUCUCUGAGGAGGUAGUUGAUCGGCAGGCAGAAUUUCCAACUGAAUUGGUUUUAUUGUUUGUUGAAUUGCGGAAUAACAGUUGACAAAGAUGUCAACACCGGCAAGGAAGAGAUUAAUGAGGGAUUUUAAGAGGUUGCAGCAAGAUCCUCCUGCUGGAAUCAGUGGUGCCCCAUACGAUAACAAUAUAAUGCUCUGGAAUGCUGUCAUAUUUGGGCCCGACGACACUCCCUGGGAUGGAGGUACGUUCAAGCUGACCUUACAGUUUUCAGAAGAUUAUCCAAAUAAGCCACCAACUGUGCGAUUCAUUUCACGAAUGUUUCAUCCGAACAUUUAUGCAGAUGGAAGCAUAUGCUUGGACAUCCUUCAAAAUCAGUGGAGUCCAAUUUAUGAUGUUGCUGCUAUUCUGACAUCAAUUCAGUCGCUGCUCUGUGAUCCGAACCCAAACUCACCAGCCAACUCAGAAGCAGCACGGUUGUUUAGUGAGAAUAAGCGCGAGUAUAACAGAAAAGUACGAGAAGUGGUUGAGCAAAGCUGGACAGCCGACUAAGAGUGCAUGCUGGGUGGUGCUUGACCAUGCCUCUCCCCUGCUGGUAGGGUAAGGUAGGAUGGUCUGUAUCUCUGUGAUAUUCCUGUUAUGAUACACUGUAAUAAUGAGUGCUAUGGAAACUAUGUUGAUUUGAAGGUCAUGCUAUAUAACAACAAUUUGUAGGGAUUCUAUAACCUUUUAUGUGCCACUUGUUGCUUGCCUAUUAGACUCUUUCUUGUAUACAUAUAGUUAUUUCUUAUAUCA